AUGGGCGGAAGCAAGGGCAAAGCACCCCAGCGCCGGGCUCGACCCGGGAGACCGGCCUCAGCCGAGCAGGAGUCCGGGUCCGCCAGCACCGAGUGCGCCCCAAGCCAGGACCGCAGGCCAGCCCGAGGCAAAGCCCGCAAGACCAAGCCCGCUACGGAGCUUGAGGCCACCCGAGGCAAGGGGACCGCUGGAGGCCACAGGAAGCCCACCGAAGAGGGAAACCACCGCUGCAGAAGUGCAGAAACUGGAACAUCACAGGAGCCCCAGGAGAGGCAGGGCAGCUCGCAGCGUCUGCGACACGGACCCGCGGAGAGCCGUGAGUCCGGGGACAGCUGUGGGGAGCACACGGAGGAGCAGAGAAUCCUCGAGGAAGACGCGCGGACAGGCAAGCGCGGCCGCCGCAGGAGAGGAAAGGAUCGGGGACCUUCGAGUGGACGAGGCCAGGGGGAGACUGCCGGAGGGGAUGGGGACACGUCGGGCGGGGAUGGUGGCAGCUCCUGCCUGGACAGUGAAGCCCGCGAGGCCCAGGACAGCAGCAGCCAGGGCAGUGGAGCCCUGGAGCGGCCACCCAAAAUGGAGCCUUCGGAUACUAGCUCAGAAGGCGCUCCAAAAAGAGGACCCAGCUCAACUCUGGUGCAGGGCAAACGCCCUGGCAGCAACCAUCCAGGCAGUGAAGGACACGCCUUGGAGCUCCAGAGCAGGGAAGGGUCGUCGGGGACAGGGCCUCAGAGAGCGAGUGACGAUUCCCGGACAGAUACAGACUCGAGCCCCAGGAGGGCUGGGCACAGACGUCUCCCACAGAAGAGCCCAGGAACCUCAAGUGGCAUCCUUGCAUCCCAGGAGAUAGAGCUGGGCAGGGAAGCUGCAGCCUCCAGCGUCCCCAGAGGCUCUCAGAGUCCUCGGGACUCUAGCGCGAUCGUAGACACCAGUGACGUCGGGGCGCAGCCAAAGGCUGAGCUGCCGGGCACCGAGCCUGAGACAGCGGAGGCUCCCGGGGCUCAGCGCCUCCAGGUCGGAGAAAUGGCGGGGAAGGUUCAGGUAGCUGCGGGAGAGAGUGACGCGGGGGCCGGAGAGCGAGCGGGUGCAGGGGACCCAGGACCCCGGGACCGGACGCCGCUGGCCGCGCUCGUGGUGCUGCGCAGGCUGUGCUCGAGGCCCCCAGCCGGCGCGUCUUCCCAGUUCGCCGGUGGCAUCCGCGUGGGUCUCAAGGCGCGGCUGCAGCGCGUGGCGCGGGCCCUGGGCUUCCUGCGCUGGCUGCGACUGCGGGUUGAGCGACGUCGGGCGGAGGCGCGCGCCGCGAGCCCGCGGGAGUGCGAGGAGCGCGGCCACGAGAGGGCGCUCGAGGCGCGGGGAGGGGCGCCCGGGCCACGGCGCUGGCUGGCCUUACGCCUGGCCUGUCGCCUGGUGGGGCUCCGGCGAACACCCCGAGCUCUCCCUGGCGGCGGUCUGAGCCCUCCGCUGGCUCUGAAUAGCUCAGUCUCUGAUGAUGCAUCAGCUAUCAAGGAUCCAGCUUCAGAUUCCAAAUUCGCGGUGGUUUUCCCCCGGAUCCACAAUGCGGGGAAGGAGUCGGGCAGCAGUAGUUCAGGAGCAUCCGCGGACGCCCCCACUGGAGAAGGCCGGGUUUCGUCUCCUGCUGGGGAUGCAGAGGAUAGGGAGGAGCAAGAGGCUAAUGGAGAAAGGGAGGUCAGGUCCCGUCAGGCUCACCGCUCUUUCUCAUCUGCCCCCAAUGGGACCCCACCGGAUGAGAACCUGAGCGAAGCAGAACCAGAGACCUUGGAGGCUAAAACUGGGGUGCACUGGGCACAGGACUCUAAUCCCUGCGAAGACGCUAAGCUUGGCGCUGAGACUCUGCUGCCCCAGCUCACUCUGGAGACUCGCCUGCGGCAGAAUAGCCCCUGCAGGUCACCAAGGGAGCAGUGGGAGCCAGAGGACGCCGCUGAGGCAGCGCUGGAAAGGGACCUGGAGCUGAGCCUCCAGAGGGACCUAGAGAUGUCACCCUUUCUGGGUGCUAAGACCAGGAGUCUCCCAGAGAGCCUGGAAGACAUUGAGGACCUCGCCAGGCUGCGGCUGGUGUGUGAUAGCUCUGUGCUGCUGUGCCUCAAGAAGAGGUUCCACCUGGGCCGCAUCUAUACUUUUGGGGGGCCCCUCCUGCUUGCUCUGAACCCCCACCAGCCCCUGCCUCUCUUCUCACCAGAAGUCUUGGCCAGCUACCAUCCCAGGAAGGCCCCAAACACCACGCCACACAUCUUUGCCAUUGGGGCAGCGGCCUACAGCCUGUCUCAGAGCCCUGGACAGGAUUCCUGCAUCCUCCUGGGGGGCCACAGUGGCUCAGGGAAGACUGAGGCUGCCAAGAAGAUUUUGGAGUUCCUAAGCAGCAUAGGGCAGAAGCCCAUGGAGGCCAACGGGGCUCAGCUAGAGGACAUUCUGCCCGUGCUCGGCAGCUUCGGCCAUGCCAAGACCAUCCUCAAUGCCAAUGCCAGCCGCUUCGGCCAGGAGAUGCGCCUCUGCCUGCAGCAGGGGGUUGUUGUGGGAGCCUCUGUGUCCUACUAUCUUCUUGAGACCUCCAGAGUAGUGUUUCAGGUAAUGGCCAGCCUCCUGCCCACCCCCUCCCCCGCUCUGAGGGUGGGAAAGAGAAUAGGGCAUAGCCCUCAAACCCUACUCCCCGCCAAGCCAGUUUCUCUACCCAAGGCCCAGGCUGAGCGAAACUUCCAUGUUUUUUAUGAGCUGCUGGCAGGGUUGGACCCCACGGAACGUGAGCAGCUCUCUCUGCAGGGUCCUGAGGCUUACUACUACCUCAACCAGGGCCGAGCCUGCAGGCUCCAGGGCAAGGCUGAUGCCGAGGACUUCAAAGGGCUGGUGAAGGCCCUGCGGGUGCUGGGGUUGUGCGCAGAGGAACUGACUGCGGUCUGGGCCGUGCUGGCCACCAUCCUGCAUCUGGGCAACAUCUGCUUCUCUUCUUCAGAGCGGGAGUCCCAAGAGGUGGCUGCUGUGUCCAGCUGGGCUGAAAUCCACCUGGCAGCCAGGCUGCUGCAGGUGCCACCAGAGGGCCUAGAGGCGACAGUCACCAAGAGGGUCACGACCACACCCUACGGCCCGGUCUCCAGACCUCUGCCAGUGGAAGGUGCCAUUGAUGCCAGGGAUGCCCUGGCCAAGACCCUGUACACGCGGCUCUUCACCUGGCUUCUGGAGCAGAUCCGCCUGCGGCUGUCCCCACCGAGGGAGGCAGACGGUGUGGCCACCAUUGCUGUUGUGGAUGCCUUCGGCUUUGAGGCACUCAGGGUGAAUGGCUUAGAGCAGUUAUGCAGCAAUCUGGCCAGCGAGCGCCUGCAACUCUUCUCCAGCCAGACACUGCUGGCCCAGGAGGAGGAGGUGUGCCAGCGGGAGCUGCUGAAGUGGGCGCCCAUUCCGCAGCCUGCAAGGGAGUCCUGCCUGGAUCUCCUGGUGGGCCAGCCCCAUGGCCUCUUAAGCAUCCUGGACACCCAGACCUGGCUGUCCCAGGCCACAGACCACACCUUCCUCCAGAAGUGCCACUAUCACCAUGGUGACCACCCGAGCUACGCCAAGCCUCAGCUGCCCCUGCCAAUCUUCACGGUGCGGCACUAUGCUGGGACCGUCACUUACCAGGUGCACAAGUUCAUAAACAGAAACAGGGACCACCUAGGCCCUGCCGUGCUGGAGACGCUCAGGCAGAGCCAGCUGCAGCUCAUGGGCAGCCUGUUCCAGGAAGAAGAGCCCCGGGCUGGGACUGAGCAAAGGGAAUCCACCCUGGCCUCCCGAUUCCGGCAGUCCCUGGGUGACUUGCUAGCUCGGCUAGGCAGGAGCCAUGUCUAUGUCAUCCACUGUCUCAACCCCACUCCCAGAAAGCUCCCAGGCCUUUUGGAUGUAGGACACGUGGCAGAGCAGCUGCGUCAGGCUGGCAUCCUGGAGAUCAUAGGCACCCGAAGUACCCACUUCCCCAUACGAGUUCCCUUCCAAGUCUUUCUGGCAAGGUUCCGUGCCCUGGGGUCAGGGAGACAGAAAGCUGUCUCUGACCAGGAGAGGUGUGGUGCCAUCCUCAGCGAAGUGCUGGGGGCAGAGUCACCGCUCUAUCACCUUGGAGUCACCCAGGUCCUCCUGCAGGAGCAGGGCUGGCAGCAGCUGGAACAGCUGUGGGCUCAGCGGCGCUCACAGGCCCUGCUCACUCUGCACCGUGGCCUCCGAGCCUGUAUCACCCGUCAGCGCCUCCGGCUCCUGCCCAGGAUGCAGGCUCGUGUGCGCGGACUCCAGGCCAGGAAGCGAUAUCUCCGGCGAAGGUCAGCUCUGGGACAGCUGAACACCAUCCUCCUUGUAGCUCAGCCACUCCUCCGGAGACGACAGAAGCAACAGCUGCUGAGUUGGGGAGGGGCUGCUAGUGGUCGUUCCUGUGGUGGCCCGCAUAGCGGGGAGCCCUGGGGAAAAGUGUCAAAGAUGUUCCUGAUCAUUGGUUCCCCCCACCAGGACCUGGGGCGCUUGGAGAUCCCAGCCCAGCUGUCUGCUCUGCUGGAGAGAGCAGAAGACCACCAGGCCAUGCUGACUGGGAAUAUCACUGAGUCCCUGCCGCCUGAGGUUCCUGCCCGGCCCAGUCUGUCUCUCCCUCCAGACAUUGACCAGUUCCCCUUCUCCAGUUUCGUGUCCUCCAGCUUCCAGAAGCCAUUCCUGCCUCGACCAGGGCAACCACUGGACGAGCCCCUGACGCGGCUGGAUGGAGAGAACCCUCAGCAGGCUCUGGAGAUCAAUCGGGUGAUGCUUCGGCUCCUGGGCGAAGGAUCCCUGCAGUCCUGGCAGGAGCAGACCAUGGGCACGUUCCUGGUGCAGCAGGCGCAGCGCCGCCCGGGGCUUCGAGAUGAGCUCUUCAGCCAGUUGGUAGCUCAGCUGUGGCGCAACCCGGACGAGCAGCAGAGUCAGCGUGGCUGGGCCCUGAUGGCGAUCCUGCUCAGCUCCUUCCCCCCUACACCUGCCCUGGAGAAGCCAUUGCUCAAGUUUGUAUCAGACCAGGCCCCCACAGGCAUGGCAGCCCUGUGUCAGCACAAGCUGUUAGGUGCCCUGGAGCAGACACCCCUGGCUCCCAUGACUUCAAGGGCCCACCCACCCACGCACCUCGAGUGGAAGGCUGGUUUACGUCGGGGCCGCAUGGCGCUGGAUGUGUUCACAUUCAACGAGGAAAGCUACUCCGCGGAAGUGGAAUCCUGGACCACGGGCGAGCAGCUUGCAGGGUGGAUCCUACAGAGCAGAGGCCUGGAGGCGCCCCCUCGUGGCUGGUCUGUGUCACUGCAUUCUGGGGACGCUUGGCAAGACUUGCCUGGCUGUGACUUUGUGUUGGACCUGAUAGGCCAGACUGAAGACUUGGGAGACCCAGCGGGUCCCCACAACUACCCCAUCGCUCCUCUUGGUUUAGCCGAGAACAUCCCCCCAGCUCCUGGUAUCCAGGCUCCUUCCCUGCCCCCAGGACCUCCUCCAGGUCCAGCCCCAAUGCUGCCCAACAGUGGCCCUCUGGGUGAGGCCCGCAAGCCAGGAAACUUGGACGGCUUCUUGGACGAUGUCUUUGAACCAGUGCUUUCCCCAGGCUUCAGUGAUCUGGAACAAGGCUGGGCCCUGAGCAGACGCAUGAAGGGAGGGGGCUCUAUUGGGCCCGCCCAGCAGGGCUACCCCAUGAUGUACCCAGGUAUGGUGCAGGCACCCAGCUACCAGCCAGCUAUGAUGCCCACGCCGAUGCCCAUGAUGCCAGCCAUGGGCACAGUCCCAACCAUGCCAGCCAUGAUGGUACCACCCCAGCCGCAGCCUCUGGUGCCCAGUUUGGACUCCAGGCAGCUGGCAGUACAGCAGCAAAACUUCAUCAACCAGCAGGCGAUGAUUCUGGCCCAGCAGAUGACCACCCAGGCCAUGAGCCUGUCCCUGGAGCAGCAGAAUCAGAGACGCCAGCACCAGCACCAGCCUCCACCCUCUGUGGCUGCCCCCCAGCCUCCACCCUCUGUGGCUGCCCCCCAGCCUCCACCCUCUGGGGCGGCCUCCCAGCCUCCACCCUCAACCAUUGCUCCCAAGGCCAAGAAGCCUCCUGCCCCCCAAGAGAAGCCAGAGAGUGACCUAGAACCUUUGGAUGCUCUCUUGAGAGAGGACUCUCCAGAGGAGGCUGAAAGCAGGCCUCAGCGUCCCCGGAGCUUCCAACAGAAACGGGACUUUUUCCAGAGGAUGGGGCAAGAGCCGAUCAAGGUGAAGACGGUGAAGCCUCCAGCCAAGGUUCAGAUCCCCCAGGAGGAGACAGAAGAGGAGGAGGAUGAAGAGGAAAUAGCGGAGUUGUCUCCUCCUCCCCCUCCUCCCCCAGUCGUGAAGAAGCCACAGAAGCAAAGUAAGACCAAAGCUGUAAAGAAGGAGGAGGUGGAACCCGCACAGGAGGAAGCACCGGCCCAGGGCGGGCCUCCCCCGGUGAAGAGCUCCAACUCCGCACCUCAGUGCCCACAACCCAGCAGGGCACCCCCGGUGCAGAGCUCCAACUGCAAACCUGAGCGCCCGCAACCCAGCAGGGAAAUCCGCAACAUCAUCCGCAUGUACCAGAGCCGCCCAGGGCCUGUGCCUGUGCCUGUCCAACCCACCAGGCCCUUUAAAACUUUUCAGAAGAAAAACGACCCCAAGGAUGAAGCUUUGGCUAAGUUAGGAAUAAAUGGCGCCCACUCGCCCCCACUGACAUCGCCUAACCAAGGGAAGAGCUCGCCACCCGCUGUGGUUCCUCGACCUAAGGCUCGACCUCGCCUAGAGCCCUCCCUGUCCAUCCGGGAAAAGCAGGGACCCCUGCGGGACUUGUUUGGCCCAUGUAGCCCAGACCCACCUCCAGCUCCGGCACCCCCGCCUCCACCAGAACUCCCACCGCCUCUGCCUGGGGAGCCCAAGACCCCUUCAGUGGAGUCUCGUGCCCUGACAGAGCCCAUGGAGGACAAGGGCAUCUCCACAAAGCUCCUUGUGCCCUCUGGAAGCGUGUGUUUCUCCUAUGCCAAUGCACCCUGGAAGUUGUUCUUACGCAAGGAGGUGUUCUACCCCAGGGAGAACUUCAGCCAUCCCUAUUGCCUCAAUCUGCUCUGCCAGCAGAUCCUACGGGACACCUUCGCAGAGUCCUGCACCCGGAUCUCACAGAAUGAGCGGCACAAAAUGAAAGGCCUUCUGGGAGACUUGGAGGUGAGCCUGGACUCCCUUGACGUUACUGAAGACAGCAUCAAGAAACGCAUUGUGGUCGCUGCUCGGGACAACUGGGCCAAUUACUUCUCGCGCCUCUUCCCAGUGUCGGGUGAGAGCGGCAGUGAUGUACAGCUGCUGGGUGUGUCCCACCGGGGACUGAGGCUGCUGAAGAUGACCCAGAGCCCCAGCUUCUACCUGGACCAGCUGAAGACACUCUGCUCCUACAGCUACGCCGAGGUGCUGGCCGUGCAGUGCAGGGGCGGAUCCACCCUGGAGCUAACACUGAAGAGUGAGCAGCUGAUACUGCACACAGCCUGGGCGAGGGCCAUCGAGGCCAUGGUGGGACAGUUCCUGAGAGAGCUCAAGAAGGACUCCGGCUAUGUCAUUGCCCUGCGCAGUUACAUCACCGAUGACAACAGCCUCCUCAGUUUCCACCGUGGGGACCUCAUUAGGCUCCUGCCAGUGGCCAAGCUGGAACCAGGCUGGCAGUUCGGUUCUGCCGGGGGCCACUCCGGACUCUUCCCUGCUGACAUGGUGCAGCCCGCUGCUGCCCCCGACCUCUCCUUUUCCCUGGGAAAGAGAAACAGCUGGCAACGCAAGAGUAAGGCAGAGCCGGCUCAGGAGCGCCCCACCCAUCCCAGGAAAGGAGCACCCAGUGAAGACUCGGAGGCCACCUCCCUUACAGCCUACAGCUCUUUGUCUGCUGACUCCCACAACUACACCAUGCAGGAAUUUGCCCUGCGCUACUUCCGGAAGCCUCAUACCUGGCUGACCCAGAUGAGUGAAGACACCAAAGAGAAGGCCGUAGCCAGCCUGAUCCAGUAUACUAAGGACCCCAUCCAGGAAUCCCUCACCAGCUUCUGCAAUGAGGACACAAACGGGAAAGCUGUGGCUGGCUUCAAGGCGCUGAUGCAGUUUAUGGGGGACCAGUCUAAGCCCCGGGGGAAGGACGAGCUGACUCUGCUCUAUGAGCUGCUGAAGCUGUGCCAAGAGGACCUCAGGGACGAGAUGUACUGCCAGGUCAUGAAGCAAGUGACAGGACACCCCCAGCCGAAGCACUGUGCUCGGGGCUGGAGCCUCCUCAGCCUCUUCACAGGCUUCUUUGUGCCAUCUGCCACGCUGAUGCCCUAUGUGACCAAGUUCCUGCAGGAUUCCAGCCCCAGCCAAGAGCUGGCCCGGAUGGGCCAGGAAAACCUCCAGCGCACAGUUAAAUACGGCGGCCGCCAGCAGCUGCCACUGCCUGGUGAAAUGCACGCUUUUCUGAAAGGGCAAGCAGUUCGUUUGCUUCUAAUCCACCUGCCUGGGGGUGUGGACUAUAAGACGAAUUCACAGACGUUCACGGUGGCAGGGGAAGUGCUAGAGGAACUGUGUGAGCAGAUGGGCAUCACAGACUCGGAGGAAGUGCAGGAAUUUGCCCUCUUUCUCAUCAAAGGGGAAGGGGAGCUGGUUCGGCCACUGUUGUCCAAUGAGUACAUCAACACUGUGAUGACAGAGCAGGACAUGAGCCUGCACAGCCGGCGGCUUGCUUGGGAGACUCCACUGCACUUUGAUCACCCCACCUACACGGAGACCCACUAUGGCCAGGUGCUGCGGGAUUACCUGCAGGGGAAGCUGAUGGUCAGCGCCCAGGCAGAGGCUCUACUUGCCCAGCUCGCUGCCUUCCAACACCUCGACAAGGGCGGCCCAAGUCCUCCAUCAGAGCAAGAGCUGCUGUCUUACACUCCCAAGCCACUGCAAGGGCAGGUGAACACAGCCAACAUCAGGAGUCUGGUGGACCAGGAGCUGAGGCGGAUGCAAGGGUACAGCAAGCAGAGAGCACAGAUUGGCUUUAUCGAGAGCACGGCCCAGCUGCCCCUCUUUGGCUAUACUGUGUAUGUGGUGCUCAAAGUGAGCAGGCUGGGCCUCCCUGGGCCUGUCCUCCUGGGGCUCAACCGCCAACACCUUGUCCUCAUGGACCCCAGCUCCCAGAAACUGUGCUGCUCCAUCGCCCUAAAAGACCUGCAGCGGCUGCACCUGCUGAGCCCACUGCAGGAGGAUGGGCCCCCUGGCCUGGAGCUCAAUUAUGGCUCUGCCGACAACCCCCAGACCAUCUGGCUGGAGCUGCCACAGGCCCAGGAGCUGCAGUACACCAUCAUCUUCCUGCUGGGUAGCAUGCCCACUCAGUGGCCAGGCCUCCUCUGAGGAGAGUGGAGAAAAGAAAGGCAGCGGCCUCUCACUGGGCAUUGGUCACUCCGCAUUGGUCCUUGCUGCCUGGUCCUGCUCUGAAACUGCAGGACAACACCACAUGGAGGCCAUAGGCAGGGGUUGUGACAUCACCAGCGGACUGGAACAAGGAUUGGGGCUGUGGAACUGGGUGUGGGCAUGAUGGCUAGCCUGGUGAACACGCCUACUCAGCUCUAAAGCAGCACAAGUAAAACACCCAAGAAACGAC